AAAAACUUCCAGCUAAUCUCAAGCUGUAGCUGACGAUUGAUCCAAUAGACGAUGUCAGCAUUAACGCAGGCAUUCUGCUCUCGGCUUUUAAUUCGAAAUCGAGCAAGGUCUCUAUUUCUCAAGAGACAUCAGUCCACGUUCAGCUUUUUCUCCCGUAGUUUAGACCCUGUGCCUCCGACAAAUCAUGCUCUUGAUAAAAAUUCAUUAAAACAUAAGUCAUCACCCAUCGUUUUGUGUACUUUUCCCAAUGCUCUCAAGAUCUCCCCUGCAUUUGAGAAUGCCGCUCUUCUUUUGAAUGCUAUUCAGAACAAGGAUCAGGAGACUGCAUGGAUGGCUUAUUCCGCACUCGGUCGCUCAGGCCAAUUAUCAAGUUUGCUGCCUAUCCAUCAUUCGCUACUUCUCAGAAGUAUUCGUCCUGUAGAUCCCAAUCGCUUCACAAAGGAAGAAGUCUCUAUAUUAGUUGAUCGGUUCAACCAGGUCUGGGAAGGGAUGAUUCAGUGCCAUAUUCAGCUCGACAUGAACGAUUACACUGCUCGCCUCGAGCUAUCAGUUGCGACGAGGCAGUACCCAAUGGUGGAUUCGACGUGGGCUGAAAUGCGGAGAAAAGCCGGGCUAACAGGAGAUUAUAACAAUAAUAUGUUUGGAGGAAUGAAAGGUUCUGGAGGAGUUGGAGGAGGAGGAGGAUCUCUGAUUCAGCCCACAUUGUACACAUACAACCUAAUCCUCCAAUCAUGUGUACCUCGAAAAAAUAUUGGGCUGGCUAUGGAAACUCUCAACUUGAUGAAACGUUCAGGGAUCAAACCUGAUAACAUGAGCUGGGAUUUUAUUCUACAGAUCCACACUGCGAUGAAGAAUUGGAAAGCAGUCGAGUCAACCUAUAGGGCAGCAUUUGUGGCAGCACCGCCAGGUGGCAAUACUGGAAGUCAACUUUUGCAGCAGCAGCUUGAAGCCCAAAACACAUUUCUGACACUCCCGCUUGGUCAACGCGCAAGGACGUUGAAUGGGGGUGCUGUGCUGUCCAACAAAGGCAACAUGAACAAGGAUAAGGACAAACUCAUCCCUACUCUUGACAAUGUCCAUACACUUUUUUCCUACUAUGCUUAUACCCAGGAUCUUGAGGAUCUACAGCAUAUGUUUGAUAGUCAUGUUCGGCUUUUUGGUCUUGUCCCAAUCACAAAAACCUACAACGAGAUGAUCAAAUUUGCAUUCCUAGCAAAACGUGAAGAAGAUGCCAUGGAUCUCUUCCGUGAAUUGGUCCAGAUUGGCAAAAACUUGGAGCGUGCUCAGCUGGGGCAACAGAGUACGAGAGAGAGCGCUGAUGACAAUAGCCAUAGCGUCACAGAUGGUCUUAACGAGGACAGGGAUGAGGAUAACUUAUCACAGACGAUAGCCUCGUUAGCAGCAUCAAUGUCAACCUCUGUUACACAAAUUGACUCCACAACAACUACAGCAGCGCCAAUUCAUCCUCCAUCGGCAAAGAUACAGGUUUCAGGGCCAGAUUUUUACACAUUUCGUGUAUUAAUCAAUAAUGAGCUCAUUGACGCAAGGAACAGGUGGGGACGCGCUUGGAAAUGGAUCCAGGUUAUGCAGGAUGUCUAUGGAAUUGAGCCCAGUGACUCCAUGUUUCGGAGGACGCUUGCUUGCAUGAAGCGUCGAAAGGCUACGAAAUCAGCGGAUGAAGCCACGAUCCAGGCGCUUGAAGAAAAUUGGGAGCGUGUGCGUAUUCAGCGUGAAGUCAGACGAGCGGCACAUCGCCAUCAAGCGGAAGAUUCCGUGGCAGUAGCAGCAACAUCUACUAGCGACCAUAUGCUGGGUUCGUCUUUCUUUGCUACUUCGUCGUCCUCAUCGGCACCUGCUGUAGAGGGCGGAAGGAAACAACACUUGGAAGAACCGGCACGGGCUACAACUAAUUUAUGAAAAAGAAUAUCAUUGGCUAGAUUUGUCUUAAAUAGAAUGACUUAAAAUAUUAUAUAAUGAAUUUACCAUACUCUUACCAUUUGAUACCACUGUGAUCAAUGGUGCCAAUCCACGGGGAUAAGAAGUAAAUACAUAGCUGAGCCA